UUUCAAUGUACUAUUUGUACAAUUUAUAAACGUAUAAAUAAAUCUAAACUUUAUCAAUUUGACUUGUAAAUAAAUGCAGGAAAGGCGGUGCAGUUAAACCUCCUCGCCGGUAGGUGGCGCCAGAUACAUUUAAAUAGCAGCAGGAAAACGCAGAAGAGUAAAGUGACAAGUUGAAAGGUGAUGUGUUGUUAAAUUUCUGUUGUCAAGAUGUCGGGCCACGAUCAACUGGUCCACUGUUUGUGUGAAUUAACAAGGUUGCUGUGGAAGUUGCUGCUGCCCCUGGUGUUUCUGUGCGUGCUGCUGAUCGCUGUCCUGGUCCUGCUGGUGCUGGCGGUGCGUUUCUGGCUGCAGAGCAACAGGAACGCUCGGCGGGCGAGAGACGGCUGUCCCACAGUGGCCUUCUUCCACCCGUACUGCAAUGCUGGCGGUGGGGGAGAGAGGGUGCUCUGGUGUGCCAUCAGGGCACUCCAGAACAGGUAUGCAGACAUCAACUUUGUGGUGUACACAGGGGACCUGGGUGUGACGGGCCAGCAGAUUCUGGACGGGGCGCGGCGUCGUUUCAACAUCGUGCUCCCCAGGCCGGUUCAGUUUGUGUUCCUGAGGCACCGCCUGCUCGUGGAGCCCGGCCUGUUCCCUCACUUCACCCUGCUGGGACAGAGCGUGGGCUCCGUUUUCCUGGGAUGGGAGGCGCUGACGGAGUUCGUCCCGGACCUUUACAUCGACUCCAUGGGUUACGCCUUCACUCUGCCCCUGUUCCGCUACUUGGGAGGCUGCAGCGUGGGGAGCUACGUUCACUACCCCACUAUCAGCACUGAUAUGUUGUCUGUAGUGAGAGAGAGGAACCCCAGGUUCAACAAUGCAGACUACGUGUCCAACAGUCUGUUCCUGAGUGCCUUCAAAGUGGUCUACUACUGCCUGUUCGCCCUGCUCUACGGCAUGGCCGGCUCCUGCAGCGACCUCGUCAUGGUCAACUCCUCCUGGACCCUCGAUCACAUCCUGUCGCUGUGGCGCGCCCCCAACCGCACCAGCGUGGUGUACCCGCCCUGCGAUGUCAGCGCCUUCCUGGACAUCCCGCUGGAGGAUGACGGGGACAAGAAGCGCCACUCAAUCAUCUCAGUCGCACAGUUCCGGCCCGAGAAGGACCACCGGCUGCAGAUCAGGGCUUUCAAGAAGGUGCUGGACAGGGGGAGGGCAGGAGAGGCACUGAAGCUGGUUCUGAUUGGCGGAUGCAGGAACCAGGAGGAUGAGGAUAGGGUGCUCAUGUUGAGGGGGCUGUGCCAGGAGCUGGGUGUAUCUGACAAGGUGGAGUUUAAACUGAACGUAUCCUUUGAGGAGCUGAAGAGAGAGAUGGGGGAAGCCACCAUCGGACUGCACACCAUGUGGAACGAACACUUUGGAAUAGGAGUGGUGGAGUGUAUGGCAGCAGGGAAGGUCAUUCUGGCCCACAAAUCCGGCGGGCCCAAGCUGGACAUCGUGGUGCCUUUUGAGGGGGGCCAGACAGGCUUCCUGGCUGAUGACGAGGACAGUUACGCGGAGGCGAUAGAGAGGAUCCUGGCUAUGUCCUCCUCCAACCGGCUCCAGCUCAGACGCAAUGCCCGUCAGUCGGUGGCUCGCUUCUCAGAUCAGGAGUUUGACGCCUGCUUCCUCGCUGCCAUGGAGCCUCUGAUGGGAACACUCGAACGAUGAGGACUCGUUCUUUGUGCCUGUUUGUGCUUGUAUAAUCUGACAUCUUUACUUUGAUGCACUUAGGGCUACAUUUACACUGUAGGACUGGCGAGAAAAUCUAAUUAGAAUUGAUGCAGAGAUCACACGGGGUUCUUGAAGUGGCCAGUACAUGCUGUGAUUGUGUUGAUUCACCAAUCAAAGCACAGGAUUUGUCCUAAAAGCAGAAAGGAGGCAGCAUACCUCAGAUUCAGAAAAUCUGAAAGCUCACAAUUCCCAAAACGUAUUGAACUGAAAUCACAAAUUUGAAUCAGAUACUUGUAUUUAGCCUAUAGUUCUGUUACAGUUGUAAAUACUAGAUUAUCCUGUGAAAUGACAGUUUAAGCUCCUACUGUAUUUUUACAGAAGACAUUCCUUUGUCAGUAGUUUCACCUUUUGUUAAAAAGAAAUUAUUAAGGAAAAAAUGGGGAACAAAUGAGUCUUUUAGACUGUUAAAUCUGUUCUGAAAAAUGUUUACAAGAGCUAGAAAUCUCUACAUGUCCAAAAUGUGAAGUAUUUUUGAUACUGAUGAUGAAUGUAAUAAAGAUAUCAUGAGAGUAAAUAGUCAUGGAACUGCUUAAAAAAAAAGACAAUCUAUCACUGUGCUUGUAAAUAAACUAUAAUCUGGAUUAGAGGAUAAAAAGUUACACCCAAGAA